AUAGAGCCAACCAUGGUUUUCUAUUUGGUCAUAUCAGUAGCAAUAACAGUCUGUAUUUUGGGCAAUGUUUUUACUUCAUCAGUAACCCAUGGAGAGGCACUGUCCAAACUAAAAGCGUUGCAGUCCCUGGUCUUCAACAAUGCCCAGACGACCGUCACUUUGGACUCCACAGCCCUUAAACAACUGGUGAAACUGGCAUCAAACGGGAAAUCGCAACCAAAAACAAAAGGUAUAAGUUUUUCGGUGUAUGUAAGGGCGAAAAAUCUGAAACUAGGGAUCGGACAGACGCUGAUAUACGACGGAGUGCUGACAAACGACGGAAACGGAUAUGACGACAGAACGGGAGUGUUCACGUGUCCUUUGGCGGGAACCUACAUGUUUGUUGUUGACUUCUUGUCUCUUAAACCUGCAUGGCUUCAACUGCACCUCAACAAAACCGUUGUGGCGUCUGUACAUGCAAUUAAUGCUUAUAUGCAAAUCAGUAGAACAGUUAUCCUUAGAUUAAGGAAAGGCGACCACGUAAAGGUUGUCAACCAUAUUUCGAAUUCGGCAGCUCAUCGUGGAUAUUCAGGAUUUUCGGGAGCUAGGAUCUACUGA